UUUACUCUUUUAUCAUAUAAUUCUAUUCUUUUUGCCGAAAAUAAAAUCAAACUAUCAAAUUUUGUGUGGUUCUCCGGAGAUUGAGAUGGCAAUCCUUGCUCCGGCGAGUUUCGGGCGGUUAACCGUUCCGUCUCGUGCGCAAGUUAGGGUAAGAGUCUCUGCUUCUGCUAACCCGCGCACUUCAGUGGACUGGGUCAAGGAAACUUCAAGCUUUUUCGAACAAGACAAGAGACCGAUCAUGUUGUUCGACGGUGUUUGCAAUCUCUGUAAUGGAGGCGUGAAGUUUGUCCGAGACCAUGAUCAUAACAGGAGCAUAAGGUUUGAAGCAUUACAGAGCGAAGCAGGAAAGAAACUGUUAAUGCGGUCAGGACGUGCUCCUGAUGAUAUAUCUAGUGUGGUACUUGUCGAGAAAGAUAGGUCUUACGUAAAAUCAGAAGCGGUUUUGAAGAUCAUGAAAUACAUUGACUUGCCAUUUCCACAGCUUGCCUUCUUUUUGCAGUUUGCGCCUCUGUUUGUGAGGGACUUUCUGUAUGAAAAUGUUGCAAACAACCGUUAUGCAUUGUUUGGUCGGUCUGAUUCAUGUGAGAUCUAAGAAGACAUCAGUGAAUGGUGAUCCUAUUUUGUCACAAAAAUAAACUAGAUAUGUGAAAAAUGUUUCCUACAGUUUAACAUAUGCUUUUGUACACAGAUGUAUAGAUACAACAGUCUUUGAACAACCCAUACGUAUGUACUCAUCAACAUGUAUAAACCUUUUGGAUGAUGAUAUUUGUAUCAAAUGUGGAAGUCUUUUACAUAGAA